AUGAAGCUGUCUUCCGCUCUCUUAGCCACUUCGCUUGGCUUGACGUUUGCCCAUGACAACAGCGGCGGCCAGCAUGUGCCAAAGAUUCUGGGAGGCAGGAAACUUGUGUCCGAGCUAAAGGCUUUCCGUUCGGGACCUGUGCACGCAGCUACUCCUUUGAGUGAGCGUGCGCCAACACUAAAGCAGAAAUCUGGCCCGCGCAAGCGGGAUGCGGACGACCAACAAUGCGGGCCGGGACUUGGGAGUUGUGCAGCUGGAAAGUGCUGCUCCUUUGAAGGAUGGUGUGGAGUGGGAGAGGACUAUUGCACUGCUCCUGAUUGCCAAAUAAACUAUGGCCCAGGAUGCGACGGGAACCAAAAGCCUUCAGGGCCUGACACGUCGGGAAUUGCAAGGCCAAAAGUGGGCAAAGUCCUCUAUGCCGGAGGGGGAAUCUACGAUUGCGUUACCGAUGGAGACAUUGCGUUGACAUUCGACGAUGGACCGUACCUCUACACCAAUGAUCUGCUCGACAAGCUGAAGAGCUAUGGAGCCAAGGCCACCUUUUUCAUUACGGGCAACAACAUCGGUAAAGGAAUGAUCAAUGACCCAAGUACUCCCUAUCCGGCGAUUAUCAGGAGAAUGCAUGCAGAGGGCCACCAAAUUGCCAGCCAUACUUGGUCCCACGAGAACGCCAGUCAGUUGACUAACACUCAAAUGACGAACCAGAUGGUGUGGAACGAGAUUGCAUUCAACUCUAUCCUUGGUUUCUUCCCAACGUAUAUGAGGCCCCCCUAUUCGAUCUGCGAGAAGAACUGCCAAAACGUUUUGUCAACACUCGGCUACCAUGCUGUUUACUUCGAUCUUGACACCGAGGGCUAUCUGCAUGACGACGCCAAACAGAUCCAGACGAGCAAGAACAUCUGGGAUAAGGCUAUUAAGGAUUCCAAUCCCGCUAGCGACAGCUUUCUCCAGAUCGAACACGACAUUCACGUACAAACGGUUUACAACCUGACGGACCACAUCUUAACUUCGCUUUUUUCCAAGGGAUACAGUGCGGUGACAGUAGGAGAGUGUCUGGGCGACCCGGCGGAAAACUGGUACCGUACCGGACCGGCCGUUCCGUCGCUUAGCUCUACCUCCAUCAACGGCGAGUGCGGUCCCGACUUUGGCCAGACGUGCUUGGGAAGCAGGUUCGGGGAGUGCUGCGGGUCGGCAGGGAGAUGUGGCUCGGGCUUGUUGUACUGCUGGGCGCAGGUUGGGUGUCAGGUUGGGUAUGGGAAUUGUUUGAUGGGUUCUGUUGAGGGGACUGGUGAAAAGGUUGAGGAGAGGUAG